AUGAGCUCUCAUUCAAAAACCGAAUCUUCUUCCAUCCCAAAUUUAGCAUGUAUUAGAGUCCCAAAUAAAAUUUGCUCUUGCGGGAGAAGAUUUUCCAUUAGAAGCUCAGAAACGAGAAAGAAUCCGCAAAAACUUUACUACAAGUGUGAUCCUUGUGACAAUUUCAAGUGGUGCAAAGGUUUUCUUGAUCAGACACUUGAGGAAGUUCAGAGCAAGGGAAACAAAGCUGAUGAAAACAGGGGAAUGCAUGAAGAGUUGAAGCUAUUGAAGAAGAAGAUUAACCAACAGAAACAGCAGAUCAAUUUUGCAAUUAAAAUUGGUGUAUUAAUGUUUGCAUUUCUGAUUUUGGAUAUCAAUGAAGUAGAGUUGUAA